AGCUUCCUUCCUUGCGAACGCAACUGACCGCUCCGGAUUCGCCGGCCCCCGCCGCCGCUUCGCCUUCUCUCUCCCUCGUCCACGGCAACCAACUAACCGUCGAGAUAUUGGCGGGGCGCCGAUGCUCCCUGACUCCCCGUAGCGCGUUGCGGAUGCUGUGGGCCUGUGAGGCUCGCUGCCGCCGCUUUGGGAUCUGGGCUGCUGCCGGAGCGGCAGCGGCGGUUGUGACUGGCGCCGGCGAUGGCGAUAUCGGCGAAGGAGAGGAAGCUGAGCAGGCUCGGGAGUUGUAAGGGCGGUGCGGCGGCUGGAAGUGGCAGCGGCGGCGGCGGCGGUUCGCCUGCUGCCAGGGCCCACCGGUCGGUGGCGGCGGCGCCGCAGCGGCGUGUCUUCGCUGCGCUCUUCGCGUUCCUGUGCGCCGGCGUAGUCGUCCUCGGCGGCGUGCACGUCAUUGGAGCAACGUUCCGGCCAGUGCUCAGGACGGCGUGGCCGGCGGCAACCCUGAACGCCAUUUCCUCCGAUGCCAGAGCGCGGCGAGGUGGCAGCAGCGCCGACACCACCGUGCUGCCGUCAGUCCAAAUCCGGCACGCGGUCGCCAUGCCGGACCGUGUACUCCUGAUCCUCAAGGACGGGCCGUUGCUGCCAUCUCCCGAGCGGUUCCAGUGCCUGUACUCCCCCGCCAACUCCUCGGAACUGCGCCGCCACCGACCCCUCUUGGCCGCCUCCUCACCCGAUGGACCCAGCCUCGUCCACUGCCCUGCCGAGCCAUCGUGUGUGGACGUCUCUCUGUCCCUGUCCCUGUCCCCUCCGGUGGCGCCGCUGCAGUGGGACAGGCUUGUGUACGCUGCGCUCGUUGACAGCAGGGACAACUCCACCGUCGUGUUCGCCAAGGGGAUGAACCUCCGGCCAGGCCGGUUGGGUGUGGCGUCGAGGUACCAGUGCGUCUUUGGCCGUGAUCUGUGGAAGCCAAAGCAGCGUGUGCUCACGUCCCCUGUGAUUUCUGCCGCACAAGAGGUUUUCCGGUGCGUGACUCCAGCUCGCGUUCGCCGGCACCUCAGGAUGACAACUGAUCCCAACGGCAAUGGCAAUGGCAAUGACAAGCCGAUGUUGGUCUCCAUCAGAACGAAGGGGCAGAGGGACUCCACGCUGCCCUCGAUCGCUGAACCUGAGCCACUUCCUCCUCGGCACAACUACAGGCAUCAUCGACGACGGCCAAAGGCGCACUCAAUGUGCGUGUGCACCAUGCUCCGCAACCAGGCGAGGUUCCUCAGGGAAUGGAUCAUCUACCACUCGCGCAUCGGCGUGGAGCGGUGGUUCAUCUACGACAACAACAGCGACGACGGCAUCGAGCAGGUCCUCGGCACCAUGGACCCGUCGACGCACAACGUGACGCGCCACCUGUGGCCGUGGACGAAGUCCCAGGAGGCUGGCUUCGCGCACUGCGCUCUGAGGGCCCGGGAGAGCUGCGAGUGGGUGGGGUUCAUCGACGUCGACGAGUUCCUCCACUUCCCCGGCAACCAGACGACCCUGCCAGACAUCCUGCGGAGCUACUCGAACAGGCCGCGGGUGGGCGAGCUGAGGACAGCCUGCCACAGCUUCGGGCCCUCGGGGCGGACCAGAAUCCCCAAGCAAGGCGUGACGACGGGCUACACCUGCCGGCUCGCCGCGCCGGAGCGCCACAAGUCGAUCGUGAGGCCCGACGCGCUGAACCCGUCGCUCGUCAACGUGGUGCACCACUUCCACCUGAGGGAAGGCGCGAGGUACGUGAACGUCGGGCAGGGCGCCAUGCUCGUCAACCACUACAAGUACCAGGUCUGGGAGGUGUUCAAGGACAAGUUCUCCGGGCGCGUCGCGACCUACGUCGCCGACUGGCGGGACGAGGAGAACGUCGGGUCCAGGGACAGGGCGCCGGGGCUGGGGACUAGGCCGGUGGAGCCGGAGGACUGGCCGCGCCGGUUCUGCGAAGUGUACGACACCGGGCUUAAGGAUUUCGUGCAGAAGGCGUUCGCAGACCCGGCCACUGGAAGCCUUCCAUGGUAGAUGAUGGGGGUAUACAUACAGAGAGACAGGGAAUUAAGAAACAAGUAAACGAAAAGGAUAGGUAGAAGAGUGGUUUGCUCUCUGUUAGUCAUUUGAGGUUUUCUUUUUUUUCCCCUGUUCUUACUUCUUUUAGAGCCAUCUGUUUCUCUUUUUUUUUUCUUUUUACAUGUCUAAGGAAAUGAUUCUUUUGUAGAUAAAAAGAAAGGUAGGUAGUAAGUUAUCUUGACGAAAGGAGGGAAUUCUAUAUAUACAAAGCGGGAUGG